GGCUGAAUCCAAGGAAGGAAGGGAGGAAGUGAGGGGUUCUAUGUGCUGCCACUCCUCCUCCCCCCAGCUAGGGGAAUGGAAGUCCGGGAAGCCACUCACCUGGAAACUGGAAUCACAGCCAAGGGGAGUAAUGGGGGGCAGUACCUAGGAGAGGCAGGAGGCAAUGACCCAGGUAAGCACCCCCCCAUCUCCCUCAUGCCCAUUUCCCACUCCUGCACCCUCUUCUGCCAAGACCCUGCACCUUCACUCCACUCCGGAACUUUCCCUCUGACCCCCUCCCCACUCUCAACCCACUCCUGCACCCAACCUCCCAGCCAGAACCUCCAUCCCCACUCCUGCCUGCACCCAUUUUCAUGGGUUAUCACAGGUAGUUGACUGGUGGUCCACAGUCUGUGUUGAGCGGGGUGGUCCACAAGCCAAAAAGUUUGAGAAAAACUGUGCUAAAGGCUCUGCUGGGGAAGACUGUUAAUGUUGUUCAUGGCAUGAUAGGAAGAAGCUAAAGAAACCACAGAAAGAAGCUAUUGAAAAAUAGUUUGGAGACUGGAAAUUAGAAGGAAGAGUCGGGAACCAUUGUUGAUAACAGAAAGUUGUCUCUGCAAUAAAUACUUUUUAAUGUUGCAGAUUGCUAAUACAAUAAAAAAAAAUUCAUCCAGCAAAUCUAACACAUGGCUUACUGAUAAAUGGAAAGGAAGUGACAUAGUCACUUGAACAUCUUAACAAAUAACAAAACAUAAACUUGGAUAAUUAACUACAAGGUGCUGAGCAGGAAUACCACGGCAUUGAAGAAUGCUGGAUGCUUCCUAGUGCAAGCUGCUAAAGAUGGCACAGCAGGCACGCCCAAUCUACAACUUUAUGAUGUGAAAACGGGGAAGUGUUUGAAGUCUUUCAUCCAGAAAAAGAUGCAGAAUUGGUGUCCUUGCUGGGCAGAUGAUGAAAGUAUUUGUGGUAGGAUCGUAAAUAACGAAUUGCACUUCUUUGAAAACAACAACUUUGAUACUAUUGCAAAUAAACUUCAUUUGCAAAAAAUUAAUGAUUUUGUGUUAUCACCGGGACCACAGCCAAGCAAGGUUGCUGUUUAUGUUCCUGGAAGCAAGGGAGGGCCCUCGUUUGUAAGGCUCUAUCAGUACCCUAACUUUGAUGGCCCUCAAUCUGCAUUGGCCAAUAAAAGUUUCUUUAAAGCGGACAAGGCGACAAUGCUAUGGAAUAAUAAAGCUUCUGCUGUGUUAGUAAUAGCUAGUACAGAAGUUGAUAAAACAGGAGCUUCAUAUUAUGGAGAACAAACCUUGCACUACAUUGCAACAAAUGGAGAAAGUGCUGUUGUACAACUACCAAAAAAUGGUCCUAUUUAUGAUGUAGUAUGGAAUCCCAAUUCCACAGAGUUCUGUGCUGUAUAUGGUUUUAUGCCUGCUAAGGCAACUGUUUUCAAUCUGAAAUGUGACCCUUUGUUUGAUUUUGGAACCGGCCCUCGUAAUGCUGCCUACUACAGCUCUUCUGGAAAUAUCUUAGUACUCGCAGGAUUUGGAAAUCUCAGAGGACAGAUGGAAGUGUGGGAUGUCAAAAACUACAAACUUAUUUCCAAACCAGUGGCAUCAGAUUCUACGUAUUUUGCUUGGUGCCCUGAUGGAGAACAUUUUGUAACUGCUACAUGUGCUCCAAGGCUACGAGUUGGUAAUGGGUACAAGAUCUGGCAUUACACUGGCUCUGUUCUACACAAAUAUGAAGUUCCUCCGAAUGCAGAAAUAUGGCAAGUUUCCUGGCAGCCAUUUUUGGAUGGAACAUUUCCAGCAAAAAUAAUAACUUACCAAGCAGUUCCAAGUGAACUGCCAAAUGCUGAGCUGAAAACUGGCCAAGCUUAUAGACCACCAGCUCUGAGAAAUAAGCCUGUAACCAGUUCCAAGCUGCAUGAGGAGGAACCACCUCAGAACAUGAAACCACAACUUGGAAAUAGUGAUAAGCCAUUAUCUAAAAUGGCACUUAAAAAUCAAAGGAAGCAUGAAGCAAAGAAAGCUGCUAAACAGGAAGCCAAAACUGAUGGAAGCCAGGAAUCAACACCAUCUCCAGCAUUACAUAAUGUACCACGCAGCACUGUGCCUCCUGUGACAUCAGGAGACCCUGAGAUAGACAAAAAAAUAAAGAAUUUGAAAAAGAAAUUGAAAGCAAUUGAGCAGCUGAAAGAUCAAGCAGCUACUGGAAAGCAGCUAGAGAGAAACCAGCUGGAGAAAAUUCAGAAAGAGGCUGCUCUUCUAAAGGAGCUAGAAGAUUUGGAACUGGGCUUUUAAAACUUUAUU